UCCGCGUCCGAAGCUUCCGGGUAUACGUACUAGAGGGUUCGAAGAAAUUGUGUCUGUCUUUCUCCACUCUCUCCAGAAAAAGAAAAAAUAAAAAUAAAAAACCCUCAACCUUUUAUUUCUAGUCCCUCAGUUUCUCUACUUUUUUGAGAUUUCUCCUUUCACCUUCUCUCUCGAAAUUAUGAACGUGGGCUCGAAUCCCGACGUGGUCAGGGUUUCGUAAAUGGAGAAGAAAGGAAACGAGAAGCGUCCGUCAUACCCUCGUUCUCAUUGGAUUCUCAUGAACUGCGGUAUGCUCUCAGGGUUCUACUGCUGGGAUUGGGAGUUCUUGACUGCGCUUCUGCUCUUCUGUUAGAAAUUAAAAUUCCCGCAAAAACCCAUUUCUCUUUCUCUCUCUAUCUCUAUUCUUUUCUCUUUUUUCUUUAUCUGGUUUUGGUAUUUUGGGGGUUUGUGGAGGGGUAAAAAGGAAGAAAUGAGUUCGCAUGGGAGAAGCGUGCCAGCGCCGUUCCUGACGAAGACAUACGAGCUGGUGGAGGAUGGGAAGACGGAUGAUGUGAUAUCAUGGAACGUGUGCGGGAACACGUUUGUUGUAUGGAAGCCUGCGGAAUUCGCAAAAGAUCUGCUUCCCAAUUACUUCAAACACAAUAACUUCUCUAGCUUCGUGCGACAGCUCAACACCUACGGCUUCCGCAAGAUCGUGUCGGAGAGAUGGGAAUUCGCGAAUGAGUUCUUCCGCAGAGGAGAGAAAGACCUCCUCCGCGAGAUCCACCGCCGAAAAAACGUGUCCGCAUCACCAACGGCUCAGAUCUCCGUCAGCGUCGCGAAACUCAACGGCCCACCUUCACCCUCGUCGGGUGAAGACCGAACAUCGUCUUCUACUUGUUCUCCAAACCCUUCCCCGAGAAAUCGCACCUCGGCCGAUACAGUUACGACAAAGACAACUGCUACAACCGAUUUAUCGGACGAGAACGAGAAACUGCGAAAAGACAAUUUAGUCCUAAGCUCGGAGCUGGCGCAGGCGAAGAAGCAAUGCGAGGAACUCCUGGAAUUUCUCUCCAAGUACGUUGACAUCGAUCGCGAGAAGAUCGAAUGUAUUAUGAAGGGAGAAGGACCGUUGAAAGCAGGGGUAGAAGAAGAAGGUGAAGGAGAAGAUGGGGAAGCAUUUGAAGGAGAAGAGGAAUGUUUGAAGCUUUUUGGAGUGUGGGUGAAGAAUAAGAAGAAGAGAGUGCGUACGGAUAUUGGUGGUGCUGUGAGGCCUUUGAAAGAGAUGAAGGUAGGCUAUCGUGCGCUGUGGGCGAACGAGACUAGCAAGGUCUGUUUGUGACUGCUGUUCGGGCUGGUGCGUUGUUAAGAAAGCACGCACCUAUGUCCAUGCUUUGGGCUUCUUUUUUUUUUACUUUUUUUUUCAAGGCCGAGGGCAAAAAUUCUCGUGCCAGCUGAUAAAUAGGGCGUUUGGUUGUACACAAUUUGUUAAUAGCGUUUUAUUUCUGUAGACUAUUUUAUCACUUGUUUGGAUAUUGAAGUGUUGGGCCUGGAUCCAUCAAUGAGCUGUCCGGAUUGGUCA